CAUAUUUCUACAAGCCCUUGAACCAAACACCAACCAAACACGAUGCUGCUGGUGCGUUGUUGUGUGUUGUCUGUGGCGCUGCUGCUCGCUGUUGUGGUUGGCUACAGCAGUGGCCAAGCGGCGGCGUCUCCGUCCAAGACGGCGGUGGCAUGUGCGCGCAAGGGACAGGAUGGCUUUGACUGCCGCGUCGUGUCUGCAAGCGGUGGCGAGUGGACUGCACUGGCGAGCCACAACCUUCCCGCCUACAACAUGACUGGGUUUGCCAAGCUGCACGUCCAGACAAAGCCAUCCACCUCCGUCCAGAACGACAACCUCGCCGCUUUCUCUGCCGGCUACGUGGAAGGUCUGGUUACAGCGGAUAUGAUCUACAACACGUACCUCAACCUGGAGCCAGAGCAUGACCCAAAGGUCAUGGCCUUUGUGCAGCAGAACUACAACUGGACCAUGGACAAGAUCAAGCACAACCCACAGGACCCGUUCUGGACACAGGUUGCGCUGGUGUAUCAGCAGCUGAAUGGGCUCGUGGCAGGCUACAACGCAGCUGGGCAGAAGAAGCUCACCUUCACCGACAUGCUGCUCCUUAACCUUCUGGUUGAUCUGCCGACGAUUGAGCUUGCGUUGUAUCCGGGGAAGCGGCCCAACGUGACGGCGAUGACACAACAGGAAUUGAAGGACUUUAUGGCGGACACAACGCACUGCAGCGCCAUGGUGAAGGUCACGGACGAUUUAUCCGAUCUCAUGUUCACACACACCACCUGGUGCCCUUACUCCCAAAUGCUGCGCAUCUUCAAGGUGUACCAUCUCCCCUAUUCCACCACGGCAGGCACCAAAACGAGUACAGUCAUGUUUUCGGGCUACCCCGCCCUUCUGGAAUCCCUCGACGACUACUACAUCACAUCAGAGAGGAUGGCGAUUAUGGAGACAACCAAUGGCAUCUUCAACAACACCCUGUAUGACAUGGUCAACCCAAGCACCCUUCCAUACUGGGUGCGCGUGAUUGUUGCAACGCGGAUGACCAACACGGGCCGGGAGUGGCAUGAGCGCUUCUACCAGUACCAGAGCGGGACGUACAACAACCAGUGGAUGACAAUCGACUACAAGCUCUUCGUCCCGGGCCAGCCCCUCCCACACGGCAUCUUCUGGGUCUCCGAACAGAUUCCUGGUGCGUAUGUGCUUGAGGACAAGACAAUGGAUCUGCAGCGCAGCUACUGGCCAAGCUACAACGUCCCCUACUACCCAUGGAUCUACAACGUGUCCAACUAUCCUGCCGCUGCACGUGCGCACGGCGACGACUACACGUACCAGCUGGCACCGCGCGCCAAGAUCUUCCGCCGCGACGCCGGCGCUGUGGAGUCUGUUGACGACCUCAAGACCUUCAUCAGGAUGAAUCACUUUGAGCAGCACGACCCGCUCGCCCCCACCGCCGACUCGGCCAUCGCCGCCCGCCGCGACCUCGACCCAACCGCCCCCCGCGCGGAUGGCGCCAUCGACGCGAAGAUUGUCAACGCAGCCAUGGUGCUGGACAUGAGUGUGACGGCGAUUGCGGGGCCCACGCACGAUACGCAGCCCGUGUUCUCGUGGACGGGCAUGUGGGCGAACGAGACGCGCGGAAAGCACUACGGCCACGCACAGCGGUUUGGGUUUGACUGGCACGUCAUCUCCCUCGCAGACAUGCUGCAGUGAUGUGGUGCGAGGUCACCGUGGCGGUGUGUUUGGGUGUGUUGUUGUGUGAUUGGGUGUGGUGUGGUGUAUUUUGGAUGUGGUGUGUCUUGUGGACAUGUUGAGUCUUGUGGAUGUGUCGUGACUUGUGGAUGUGGUGUGUCUUGUGGACGUGUUUUUGUUGGAUGUGAUGGGUGUUUGCAUCUUGCUUGUGAGUUCCCCUUAUCCUUUGUCGCCCGUUGAUGUAUUUGGCAGUCGUCCCAUCAAUUUCAACUCACAAGCAGGCAAGCAAGUGAGGUUGCCAUAAACGCACAAUUUCC